AUGACUCGAACGUCGGCCCAACUCGAAACCCCAACUCUACUUGGUACCGACGUCGAGUUUGAACGUGAACGUCUUGCCGGCAUUUCUAUAGUAAUAUGCACACCAGGACGGCUUUUACAACAUAUGGAUGAGAACGGCUAUUUUUGUUUUGACCAACUUCAAAUGCUUGUAAUUGAUGAAGCUGACAGGAUUUUGGAUAUGGGCUUUAAACAACAAAUUGAUGCAAUUAUUGAAAACUUACCAAAGCAAAGGCAAACUCUUCUUUUCUCUGCAACACAAACAAAAAGAGUUGAAGAUUUGGUUCGUGUCUCGCUAAAUGAUCCAGUAUUUGUAUCUGCCCAUGAAGGUGCUAAAAAUUCAACGCCUGAUCAAUUAACUCAAUCCUAUCUAGUCUGCGAAGAAGAGGAUAAAAUUAAUAUUGUCUGGUCUUUUCUACGAAAUCAUAAAACAAAGAAAACGCUUAUAUUUGUUACAAGUUGUAAACAGGCUCGUUUUCUUACCGAAGCAAUAACCCAUUUACGUCCAGGCCUUUUUUUCACAGGUCUCUGGGGAGGUUUAAAACAAGGAAAACGAAUGGAACGUUUCCAACGUUUUGAUGAAAUUUUCAAUAAAGGAGCAGCGAUGAUUUGUACAGAUAUUGCAAGUAGAGGAUUAGACUUUGUUGGACUUGAUUGGGUUUUACAAAUGGAUUGUCCUCCGUCUGUUGAUGAUUAUAUUCAUAGAGUUGGAAGAACUGCACGUAUGAACAAAAGUGGUGAAGCAAUGCUUAUGUUGACAAGUAAUCAAGAAGAUGCUUUUGUUGAAAUGUUAAAAUCUCGUCAAAUCCCAAUUAAUAAAGUUGAGGUUGAAAAACAAAAAUUAUUUUCUAUUCAACUGAAAUUGGCCAAUUUAAUGGUUCCAUUUCCUGAAGUUAAACAUUUUGCACAAAGUGCGUUUGUCGCUUAUGCUCGUGCUGUGUAUUUUGCACAAUUAAAAGCAGUCUUUAAUGUUGAUUCAAUCAAUUUUGAGGCACUAGCAAAAUCUUAUGGUCUACCUUUAACUCCAAGAAUUCGUUUUCUUCGCAAAAGAGGUAUUAAUGUUGGCGAUUCUGAUAAUAAGAAAAAGACUGUUGCUGAUGAAGUUAAGCUUGGUGGUGAUACAUCAAGUAAUGCUUUUGAUGUAGAUGAAGAACAAGAAAAGGAUGAAAAAGAUGUUGGAGAUGAAUUUCUUAAAAUUACAAGAAGGGAUGUUUUUAAUGAAGUUGCGGAAGUUAAACCUGAGAAAAUGACUACUCAUUUCAAGCCUAUUCAACCCCUACGAGAUGCGAAUGCUGAGGAUGGUUUUAGUGAUGAACAAAAAUACUGGAUGAGACUAGAGGAAGCUGCUGUUUUUGAAGAAUCUUGUUGCAGUUGCGAUUUCAAACCUUCCACUCCUUAUUCAUUGGCUGUAGCUGGAGGAAGCAGAGUUAUUGUAUUUGAUACAGCCACAACAGAGCAGUCUGCGAUUUAUUCUCGUUUUAAAACUUCAAUAUGUUCGAUUAAAUAUAGGCAUGAUGGCGCUUUGUUAGGUGUAUCCACAGAAAAUGGUUUUCUACAAUUUUUUGAUACUCAUAGCGAAAAGCCUCGUAAACAAGGUCUACGUACUCCAAUUCGAACAAUUAAAGCACACAAAAGUCAAAUUUAUUCAUUUCAAUUUGAUGCUAGUGGACAUAAAGUGGCCUCUUUUUCUGAUGAUUGUUACACAAAAUUGUUUGAUUUGGCAACCGAAAAUGCUUCUCCAAUUUGGAAUUGUGGGGCACAUAUGGAUUUUAUUAGAACGGGUGCUUUUGUUCCCAACAAUGAAUUUUUAUUGGCGACAGGAUCUUAUGACAACACAAUUCAUUUAUGGGAUACUAGGCAAGAUGGAAGCAGUUUUGUGCGUGAAUUUAAUCAUGGCUUACCAGUCGAAAAAAUUUUGUUUUUAUCUUCACAAAAUAAUUUGCUUGCUUCAGCUGGCGGAAAUUUAAUAAAAUUUUGGGAUUUAAAUAAUGGCCAGAUUGUCAAGGAAUUGCAACUUCAUAAGAAGACGAUAACUUCCCUCAAUUUAUCAAAAGAUGAAACCUUUUUAAUUAGUGGUUCAGUUGAUCGGCGAGUUAAUAUUGUUAAAUUGGACAAUUUCGAUUUGGUUCAUACUUGGCAUUUGGAUGCACCAAUACAAUCUUUGGCUAUUGACCAUUUAGAUAAUCAUGUUGCUUUUGGGUUAGGAAAUAAUAAUUUGGCUAUUUGGAGGCGAAAGGAAGAAGAAAAAGUUGAAAAAAUUAAAAAGUCAAAAUCUGGGAAACGUAAAAGGAAACGAAAUGAAUCAAAAGAAGUUUUACAAGAAACUGUUACUAGUAAUGAUGUUGAUUUACCUGAAAAUAUUGAAGAAGAAGAACCAGAAGAAAGGCCUAAAGGAUUAAUUAUUUUUAGAAAAGAAAGGGAUGGUGAACAAGAAAAAGUUGAAUUAAAAUUAACAGAAAGACAAUUAGAACAGAUGAAACUUGGUGAUCAUGAUUAUUUAUUACGUGAAGGCCGUGUUCAAGAACUUGUUUCAACUAUACUUUUAAAAAUUAAAAAUUAUUCAUUUGAAUAUGUUGUGGCCGUUUUUCAUCAAAUUCGUAUUCGACAACAACUUAAACUUGCACUUUCUAAUCUUGAAAGAUUUCAACUUGUUAAUCUUUUUCAAUUUUUAACAAAUAAUGUUGGAAACAAACAAUUUUUUGAUAUUUUAUAUGAUGUGAUAGUUGUUACAUUAGAGAUUUAUGUCCAGAAACCUUUACAUAGAGAUGUUCGCAAUGCUGUUCGCCUUCUUCAAAAAAUAUUAGAUAAAGAGAUUGAAGCUCAGAAAAAACUUUUACGAAAUGGAGGCCUUUUUGAAAUGAUGAAAAAUGGAAAUAAAAAUAAUUUAACAGUCAAAAAAGAGGAAAAAUUAAGUGUUAAAGAAGAAAUUAAAAAUGUAGAAAUGAAGGAAAAUGAAGAAGAGGAGGAAGGAGAAGAAGAUGGUGAUGAAGAGGAGGAGGAGAAAAAAGAGGAGAAGGAAGGGAAGGAGGCGAAAGAGAAGCAGAAACAAGAGAAGGAAGAAAAAUCAAAAGAAUUGAAGCAACCCAAGAUGAAUGGAAAAAUAAAUUUAAAUAAAUCGGCGGCUAUUAAUGUUUAUAUUGAUGAUGAAACAAGCGGUGAUUAUAGCAGUAAUGAAGAUGAAUAA